CUCAAGAACCAGCAAAGAGCUAUGUAAUAUACUACGUAGAUUAGAAUCAAAACCAGCAAAUCUGAGCUCUCGAGAAAAGCGGCCUCGAUAAAAUUGCCCAGCAUGUCCAUAUGCACUUCAUCAUCCUCUACUCAAAUCAGCCUCGCUUUCUUAACACUCUUAAUCUUAACUCUCCCCUUCAAUGGAGAAUCCCAAACCAGUAGCCUGAAUCCUGAAAAGUCAAUCCUUCUUGAUUUAAAGAAUCAAUUCUCAAACCCACCAAAUAUCUCCCACUGGACUCCAUCUUCUGACCACUGUGCCUGGUCAGAAAUCACCUGCAAUGGCGGCGUGGUCACCGGAAUCCAUCUGGGCUGGCUACGAAUCAACGCCACAAUCCCAUCCUUCAUCUGUGACCUGAGAAAUCUGACUUUCCUUGAUCUGAACCACAACUUCAUCAGCGGAGCAUUUCCUACAGUUCUCAACAAUUGUUCUAAGCUUGACUACUUGGACCUUUCUUAUAACUUAUUCAAUGGCAUCAUCCCAGCUGAUGCCACCAGCCUCCCUCCUAAUCUUCAGGUUUUGAACCUUACCGCUAAUUGGUUUAUAGGUGGCAUCCCAGCUGGAAUUGGAGGCCUGGUAGCGCUAAAAGAGCUCCAGCUUACACAAGCUUUUGCAAAUGGCUCAUUCCCUUCAGAGAUUGGGAGUUUGUUGAAUCUUGAAGUUCUUGUUAUGAACCAAAACGCCUUUUCACCCCAGGAAAUCCCGCCAAGUUUUACCCAGUUGAAGAAACUGAGAAAUCUGUGGAUAAGUGAAGCCAAUUUGAUAGGCGAAAUCCCAGGAAAUAUCAACAACAUGGAAGCAUUGGAGUUCUUGGAUUUGUCAAUAAAUUGCUUGACUGGAAAUAUUCCCAGGGACCUGUUGUCGCUCAAGAAUUUGACCACCGUUUACCUCUACAACAACAUGUUGUCCGGGCCGAUCCCUAUGCCUGUUCAACCAGCGGAUUUGAAACUAACUGAUGUUGAUUUUUCUAAUAACAGCUUGACAGGAAGCGUCCCUGAAAAUUUUGGGGAGCUGAUGAAAUUGGAGGAAUUGACUCUAUUCAUGAAUCAAUUAUCUGGCAAAAUCCCACUAGGUUUGGGCAGGUUGCCAGCUUUGUCUCUUGUUAAGCUCUUCCAGAACAACCUUGUAGGCGAAAUUCCACCCGAUUUUGGCCGAUUUUCGAAGCUUCAACUUUUUGAUGUCUCCUCAAACCAUCUUACAGGAUCUCUGCCAGAUGGAUUGUGUGAGAACAAGGUGCUGAAUCUCUUAAUAGCCUUCAAUAAUAAUCUCACAGGUCACUUGCCAAGAUCACUUGAGGAGUGCAACACCUUGAAUGUUGUCCGGGUUGAGAAAAACAACCUUUCUGGCGAAAUUCCUUAUGGUUUGUGGACAUCUGUGAGUUUGGCCAAGUUGAUGAUUAACAAUAACCAGUUCACUGGCCAGCUCCCACAAGGACUGCAGCUGCCCUCGAACCUAUCUCUAGUUGAUAUCAGCAAUAACAGAUUUUCGGGUGGAAUUCCUCCUGAUAUCUCCAUGUGGAGCAAUCUUAUUACUUUAAGGGCAAGUAAUAAUCUAUUGACAGGUGAAAUUCCACAAGAGCUCACUGUUCUUAGAUCAUUAUCUGUUCUUAUGCUUGACGGAAAUAUGCUUUCUGGAAGCUUCCCCUUGAAUAUUACAUCUUGGAAGUCUCUGUCCACAUUGAUAUGCAGCAGAAAUCAGCUUUCAGGGAAAAUACCACCCGCAUUAGGUCUUUUGCCGAACCUUAAUCAGCUGGAUCUCUCUGAAAACCGAUUCUCAGGAGAAAUUCCACCUGAAAUAGGCGAUUUAAUAACAACUUCACUCAAUCUGUCCUCCAAUCGUCUCUCAGGAAAAAUCCCCGAAGAGUUGGAAGGUGCAGCAUUUGGGAAGAGCUUCCUGAAUAACCCUUCUCUCUGUGCUGCUACACAUACACGGGGACUCCGAUUUUGCGAUGAAAGAUCUGGUAAGGUUUCAACCAAAAUUACUGCCAUUCUCGGAAGUCUAGCGGCGUUUCUAUUUCUAGUCGUCGUUGCGUACACACUGUUUGUUUUCAGAAGCUACCAGAGAAGGAAGAAAGCGGCGGUCGAAGAUUGGAAGCUCACCCCGUUCCACAGCCUGAGCUUCACGGAAUCGAGCAUUUUACCGAACCUGAUGGAGAAGAAUGUAGUCGGAAGUGGAGGAUCUGGAAGAGUGUAUGUCGUCCCGUUGAGUCGAUCAACGGGAGAGAAAGUCGCCGUCAAGAAGAUCUGGAGCAACCACAAGCUGGAAGAGAGCCUCGAGAAGGAGUUCCUCGCGGAAGUGGAGAUACUCGGCACGAUUCGCCAUUCCAACAUUGUGAAGCUUUUGUGCUGCAUCUCCAGCGAGGAAUCGAAGCUGCUGGUCUACGAGUACAUGGAAAACCGCAGCCUGGAUCUGUGGCUUCAUGCAAAGAGAAGAUCGGCUGACCAACUCCUGGAUUGGCCGACGAGGCUGCGUAUUGCAAUCGGAACUGCUCGAGGGCUUUGCCAUAUGCAUCACAACUGCUCACAGCCGAUUGUUCAUCGAGAUGUGAAAUCCAGCAAUGUUCUGUUAGACUCUGAGUUCAAUGCCAAGGUUGCAGAUUUCGGACUGGCCAGAAUAUUAUCAGGACAUGGCGACUCUAACACUGUCUCAUCGGUUGCCGGAUCCUUCGGUUACAUAGCUCCUGAGUACGCUCAUACGAGGAAAGUGAACGAGAAAGUGGAUGUGUAUAGCUUCGGAGUGAUCCUUCUGGAAUUGGUGACGGGUAGAGAGCCGAACGACGAAGAAGAGGAGUGGUGCCUAGUGGACUGGGCGCGCCACCACGUGGAAGCAGGAAUUGCGAUUGGGGAAGCCCUAGACGAAGAGAUCACGACGGCCAAUAACUUGGGCGAAAUGUGUGGCGUUUUCAGGCUAGGAAUCUUCUGUACGGCUGCGAAUCCGGCCAAAAGACCCACCAUGAAAGAGGCUCUGCGGAUCCUCCAACAUUGCACCGAUCUGUUGCCUAAUGGAAGACAAAAAACAGAUUUCAAUGAGCAUGACGGUGCACCGCUGCUCAAGAGUUCUAAACGCUGAUAUACAUCGCAUUUGGAAGAUGGAGAUGAAGGUUGUGAUGAAGCCUUUUGAUGUAAUUUGAAAGGAGGUAAACUGAAUUUCAAGAGUGCAAGUCUCUGAGUAUUGAUCAUCUGGAGAAUUUGGUUUAAUCGAAGUGGGUAGUCAGGCUGGCCUCUGCGAAGCAUGUUUAAGAUUAGCAUUACCUCCUUCCCACAUUUCAGGUGGUUUCUUUUGGUUUGUCACAAUUAUUAAGGAAGAAUGAUCAAAUAAAGGCUUCUCCUAUUGCAAAGUAAUCACAUAAGCACAUUUUUUACUCGAUAAG